AUGAAGAUCCUUGAGGCUCAGUCAGCCGUUCUGACCAACUACGAGGUCUAUCAGCACUUGACGGAACGCAAGCUCGGCCAGAAGAAGCGUGGAGAGCGCCGCGGCCCUGGCAACCUUGAGGCCCUGGCAAGAGAGCUCCUCCAAUACCUGCGCACACCACCCAACCCGUUGAGCCAGGACCCCAUCACCUAUCAGCCGGGCUGCAUCCCCCAGCUCUUGGAGAAGCUCCGUCCCUAUGACCUGGCCAAGGGCGAGGUCAUCAUGAUCCUCAACCUCCGUCCCGCGUCCGUCGCUGCGCUGAACACCGUCAUUGAAGAGAUGUCGGAGCGCUUCGACGAGAACCAGCAGGAGGAAAUGGUCAACAUCAUUGCCGAAGUCCUCGGCACAUUUCCUCAAGAGGAGGCACAGGAGGAGGCCGGCGACGAGGGUGCUGCUUAG